GUGACUCCCAGGACGCUCACGGAGGCAGGCGGCUUGUCUCCCGGUGCUCGAGCCCUGUACCACCUCCUCCUUCCCAUCCCUCCAGUUCUCUCGUGGCUUUUGGACAGCAAGUACAAACUCCUGUACAGCAUAUGAGAGUUAAACGACAUGUUGGCUACGAGACAAGAGGCUGCUACAGCAACUGAGAGGCUUAGGCAGUAGUACGACAACUUUUACUGGGAUUAUUGUGAGGUGAAAAUAUGGUGUGGAGGAGAGGCGGCAGAGAGUGGAGGGAUGGCAGUGUUGUAUUGUGGUCAGGGAAGUGCGGCCAAAUUGCUGCAGGUGGACGAUGGCGGUGAGCAGGAGGUGGAGGGGGCCGCGCGCGUGACGUGCUGCCUGACGCCUACCGGGAGGGCGGGGCCACUGGUCGGGCCGCUGCCAGAGACAGGUGGCAACAACAACAACUUGCCUACUUCUUCCCUCAGCACCGUCUGCUGUAAUGCUGCCGCUAACUGCUGUGGUUUCCCUACUACCGUCCUCUACGCUGUACUUGGUCUUUCGAGAUGCUGGUGGAAUUACUCAGUGACGCUAUCAUCGUCGAGAGACAACGCGAGUGACGCAAUGGAGGAGGGCGUGGCUACAGAGUCUCGGGGCGGGACUGGGGCCGAGGUUACCGGGGUCGGUUGGUCCCUGCCAUGCAGUCUGUCUUCUCUCCUUGCCAUGAACUGCCGGGCGCGGGCGGAAGGCUUGGCGCGCCGCCUUCAAUCUCGGGUUCGUAUCGGUGGCGGUAGAAAUUCGGCAGUCGAGCACACCUCACUGGUCACCCCAGGACCCGAGGACCACUAUGCCUCCAUGGAGUGCCGACACUCGUCAUUUGACGACCAGCAAAUGGAUUUACUGGAUGAGUGUAAAUUGCGGCCCAUACACGUGGUGACGUCAGAACCCACGUUACACCUGUGUCUCCCUUCGCCGCCAUCACUUGGCAACGUCCAAGAGCAGGACUCCGACGUGUACUAUGACUUCGACCUGGCCAGCCCAGACGAGGCACCAGAGGGGGAAGAGGAAGAAGAAGAUCAGCAGCAGGAGAACGAACACCAGAUAAGACAAUAUGAAGCCACUGAGAGACCAGAGAGUGGGUGUGUUACCUCAGUCACUUCUCCUGUUAUGUUCGAUGACAGCAGAGAUGAGGACGAGGGCGAGGAGAGCCACUCUGGGCAGGGAGGCGACCUUUUUCCUCCCGAGGAGUCCAUACUUUGUUUUCCCGACGCAGAUCUCCGCGCCGUCAGACAAAUAUUAUCCAACUCAUCCUUGAAUGACGUCUCGAACCUCACAACUGAGUCAGGGGAUGGAAAAGGAAAUUGUGAUCAAAACCAAAAAUGUGUAGAAUGUAAUGAAAAUAAACAUGAACGUUGUGAGGCCAGUGGUUGUAACUUUAGUUGUGCUUGUGAAUGUUCCAAUAGACACCUGGGAACCCACGGGACCUUGGCUCAGGUGCGAGGUUCGGGACUGUCAUCGGGUACUGUGUCGAGUACAGAGGGCGCUGGCGAAGCUGUUCACAGCAGCACCUCGCGGUCAAUGCUAGUGACGUCGCCAGUCGCCAAGUCAGGGUCGUAUCAGUGCCACACUGCCCUGGGUACCCUACCGGCAGUGCCGCACACAUCACCCGACUCUAAAACAAGCGCCACCUCGCUCACAGACUGUGCCGGUAGUGACAACACUUACCCAGACCGUGAUCAUGAAAGCAGUGAAGCAUGUAGAGUUGAAAACUGUGUGAUGAUCGAUAAUGAAGGUCAGAACAAAGGCGGGGAAGGUCACGAGAAUACACGGGAGUGGGGGGAAGUGGAUGGGCAGGGCACGGGGUUUGUGGCCAGAGUAACAGUCAGGUAUUCACCCUUCGAGGACGACUUCGUAACUCGUGAGGACCAUGACAAACCAGAGGUGGUACCUAGGAGGGACGAGGGAAUUAUCCUGAAAACUUUCCCAGAAACCGCCACUGUCCCCCGGGCUAUUUCUGGCGCGACGCCCCCACUCACCGAUCCUCACCUCUACACGCCCUCUGAGGGACAGCCCACCGUCAUGGAGGCGCGAGAGGACGAGGCUGACCUUCAACUGAAAGGCGAGGUGUUCCACAUGGAUUUCGACACAGAGGAGAUUGAAACAUUAGCGGAAGACGAGGACGGGAGUGAAGACGAAGAAGAAAACGAGGAAGACAUCGAAGAAGAGACCAUAUUAACGGGGAAGUUCCGUAACAUCCGGGGCUACACGGAGCGGGUAAGACGACUAUCUGACGAAGCAGAGGAUCGUACGCCGCCUGUAACUGUCAUUUGUUAUGACGAGGAAGGUUUCACUCAGUCGCAAGAACCGACCAAAGAGGAGGAGGAAGAAGUCACAGAGGAGCAGGUAUGUAGCGCCGAGCUGGCGUCCCAACUCUCAGAACUACAGGUGGAGGAUGUGGGUAUUCAAGUAGAAGCGGAUGACACGGACGUAUCUGUUGACGAUGCUGCAAAUCGGUCCUCCUCUGAAGAAACCGACCCGGAGAGAGUUGAAGACUAUAAGAUGAGGAUUAAGCGUUCGUCGUCACUAAAGUGUGGAAAGACCCCACCAGGCACUCCGGGACGUAAGAAAAUAGUGCGAUUCGCUGACGUCUUGGGUCUUGACCUUGCUGCCGUUCGAACGUUCCUGGGCGGCGGAGUCCCACACGUUCCCCGCUCGGCCUUCUGGGAUCUGCAAGUGGAAAACGAGGCCGCUGUUGCAGCCACCACACUUUCCUACCAUCCUCCUAAUACCUUAGUGCCGAGAAGAGUGUUGACUCCACUCUUCCAGCAGCCUGGGUCACAACUGAACUUCCUAGAGCGAGUGAGGAACCAGAGGGUGGUGGUGGAGAGCGUGGACGUUGGUGAUGACAUGAGCGUACGAGGCAUCGUGCGCGUCCUAAACCUCGACUACAACAAGAGUGUUUGCGUGAGGUACACGUUUGAUCACUGGCGCAAUUUCCAUGAGGCGACGGCCACCUACGUGCCAGGGUCCUACGACGGCCUCACCGACCGUUUCUCCUUCCUGCUGUGGGGCAGCUUCCUACAAGACAACGGCGCCCUCGCCUUCUGCGUACGAUACCAAACCCUUGGCCAAGAGUUCUGGGACAACAACCACGACAGGAACUACACCCUCCAGUGCUACACCUCGACGGGCAUCCAUGGAGACACAGGACCUAAUGGGUCGCCUCGACCUCAGAACUCCAGCAGCGUCCAGCAGCAUUACAACGGCGGUGGCAUCUCAGGCACCCGCUCCGCCCACUACAACUGCUUCCUCGGCUCCCCUACCACGCCCAACGACCCCUGGAUCACCACUUUCUUCUAGGAUGUUGGCUGCUUGUAGACGGUGAAGUCGACGAGCUGUAGCGAAGGCCUCUUACCCUUACCUCACCAAGGUGGCCGCCAGCAACCUCAACGCCCGCGGUAUCACCUUCACCACGCCAACACGUCACAUCAUCUUUAUCAUGAGUUUCUGCCAGCGAGGUGUCAAAAACUCUCACACAGAGGGACUCGACACUGAAACGUCGACGGAGAGAGACCGAUGGGGCUCCGUUUCCGAUAAAUAUCUACAAAAAAUAAACUCAAUUGAAACGAUAACUCCAAACGAUACACACCAUCACACUUCCCACACCACGAGCAAAUUAAUAUUUAAAACUGUAUGUGUUCGCAUAACCUGUGCUGGAGAAUGACUCGAUAAACUCGCUGUUAAUAAAAGCCCUAGUAAUCUUUCUCACCUCACUCCUCCAAUAGCUUCUCCUCACACAACCAGUCCUUCCCGCUCCAAUCCUCCUCCUCCUUCUUCUCAACAGACUGUCUAGCAUAGCGGAGAUGUUAACAUUAUCUGUAGUGAACACCGCCAUCAUCACCGUAUUUUAUAGAUAGUUCACACUACGCCUGUCUUUUUUUGUUAUCCGAGUUCCAGUGUUUCCUUAUUAAAUGUCCUAUAUAUACUGUAUAUAUAUAUAUAUAUGACAUAUAUUUAUAUAUCUAUAAUACAUGCAAUAAAUACGCAUUUUUCUGUAUGUAUACACACAUAUAUAGAUUCAUAUGUGUAUACAUAUACAUACAAUUUGUGACAGUUCUGUUGUAUAUGAACAUUAUCAAGCAGGAGUGUGGUGGGCCGGGUAAAGCGGUGCACCUAGUGACCUGCACCAGUUGACCAUCACCCCAGGCACUUAAAGGUCCCUGGCAUACUCCUCACGCCAGUGGUCACCUCCUAGCAGACUGGGGUGACCUCUAGUGUUGGUGUUCCGUCGUGGCGCAGUUGGCCGUCAUGCCCCGGCCCCCCCUCACACUAGCAACGCCCGCCUCACCCCACGCUUGAGUUAGGUGUAUGUACAAAGUGUUUACAAAGUCUCUUGAUGUUCAUGUUUACAUAAUUCUUUGAGGAAGUGACAACCAAAACAUCGGUGUUACUCCAUCACUUUCUAUAUAAAACUGCAACCUUCACUAUGCACGCUAUGACUUACAGGUGGUAUUGUAAAGACCGCACCACGGACUUCCAUUAAACGUUCUUUAAAAUUUUUCCUACAAGGUAAAGAAUACAAUUAAUGCAGAAAAUGAAGGAGUAUACACUGAUGCUCAAGACGUGUUGCAUUAUCAGGGGACUCGGUAAACACAAACAUCAAAGAAGUUUGUAAACACUAGUGCAUUAACUAGUGAGAGAAAUUUCCCUAAGUCCUCAGUAAAAGAGAUGAGUACUUAAUGUUUAGCAGUUUAGUGUGCCAAAAUAUUCAUGCAGUUUGAAGACACGGGAAUGUUACCCACAUCUUGGGUAUAUACUGUAAUAUUGUUACUAAAGAUAUGUCAGCCAUGAGAUAAGUACACAAAGGUCCUGCACAAGGCGUCACCAGUACGAGGGUCAGUCUCCCCAGGUGGGUGAGAGCUGCACUGUUAGAGGACCUGCAACACACAAAGUUAUCUAUUGUACUGUUAUACAUAGCGGAUUCUUAUUGUUGAGUCUGUGUAGCAGAACUAAUUACUCAGAGAUGUGUUAUCAAACGCCAAAUAUGAAUCAAGUGUAUAUUUAGAGAGACUAAUGAUCAUACUAGUAUUUCUUGAUUCAUUUGUGGUGAAACUUAGGGAGAUAAGUUGAAAUCAUAAUCAAAACAAGUCUUGUAUGUGUUCAGGUCAGGGGAGAUAUCAUGUCUGUAUCAUAUAAUUCAGUAAUAAUUAUUUUCUUAUCAUCAUCAAGAUCACAACUGUGCGGGUGGGUGUGUAGCCUCCCGACCUCCCAUACAAGCGUCGUGAAGGCCGCCUCCCGGGACGCUCGGCUACACUAGGGCAGGCCUUGGUGGAGCCCUGAAAACACAAUCUUGGUCCUGUAGUACACCCAGACAAGCGAUCUCGUCGUGUUUGCUUAAGGAUCAAAAUUGUCUGCUAAAAAUAAACUAUUUUUUUCCAGGUAAAUCUGAUGUGUAAAUUGUAAACGUUGUAAAUAUCAUUGGCAAUACACGGCCCUCACCUAUUGUUAUAAAUUGUGGAGGGUGCUUUUUGUCUCCAUAAAAGCUAUAUUGUAAAUCAGAGAUUUUAUAUAUCAGGUUUGAAGCCUUUUUAACAGACACGCUUAUGUUUUAUAUAUAGUAGCAUGAAGUGACACUUACUACGAUGAUGAGGAAUAAAUCACUACAGCGAGGCAGCAUUUUGCAGUAUUUAUUGUGUUUACACAGAGUUAGUUGCCUUGGUGUUAUUGAUGUGAGUGUUUUAUUAGAAGAGUCGGAUAAUAUAUUACGAACUAAAUAACAGUGUAUAGACGUUACAAGUAGGCAAAUGUGGAAAUAUCAACAAAAGCCUAUGGAUGGAAAUAUACACAGCUCUGCUAGGAGAUACGCCAGAUUCUGUUCAGCAGAAAAUUUGGGAAAAUGGACGGAAUUUUCGAGAAAAUAUCGAAACCGUUAUAUAUUUCUAGAGCAGCUGUCCUCAGCUGGAUAGCAAAGCAGGCAUAAUGACAUUAUUAAGUUGGCACAUUGAUUGUUAAUGAGCGAGUUUCGAAAAUUCCGUCCACACAAACGAGUUUGCGUUCAAAGGCGUGGCAGAAAACGUGACUGCAUACGUUUUCUUUCAGUUUCUGCUUGCAACAAGGGCAUGACUUUGGUGUGACAGGCUUGUUGACCGCAUACCAGUGUAAACUACCUUACAAAUAUAAUGAACUCCCAACUUUUCUUAGAGAAAGGUUGGCUAUUAAAGAAACUAAAUGU